UGUUUCAUACGGUUUCACAACGAAAGAAGGUAGGCUAGUUAUCAACGCAGCUAUUCAGAUAACAAAUAUUCUCUAGCAGAAGUGCUAGCAAAAUAAUUUCAAAGACUAUUCACCGACUGGGUUGCAAGAAUUAAACCGAAAGAUGUCUAUUGGAGUGCCGAUCAAAGUUCUUCAUGAAGCUGAGGGCCACAUUGUUACCUGCGAGACCAACACCGGGGAGGUGUACCGCGGGAAACUAAUUGAAGCUGAGGACAACAUGAACUGCCAGAUGGCCAACAUCACAGUGACCCACAGAGACGGCCGUGUUGCCCAACUUGAGCAGGUGUACAUCCGAGGCAGCAAGAUCCGAUUCCUCAUUUUACCAGACAUGUUAAAGAAUGCGCCCAUGCUAAAGAGUAUGAAGAACAAAAACCAGGGGGCAGGAGCAGGGAGAGGAAAAGCUGCCAUUCUCAAAGCACAAGUGGCUGCCAGGGGUCGAGGACGUGGAGGGAUGGGAAGAGGAAAUAUUUUCCAGAAAAGGCGAUAGUUGUUUUUCAUUGAUUCUUAUCUCCUUUUUAUUGUACAACUUGUUUUUGUUUGUUGAUCAAUAAUGCAAAUUGCAAUUUCCAUAUUAAAAUGACUUUCUCACUA